AUGCAAAGUAACCAGAAAGUGAAAAACAUGAACUCAUUACUCCUAACUUAUCUCUAUCGCAUUACCCACUUCUCCAACGCAAGACCCCAUCGUAAUAAUGAUGAUGAGAAGUUGUUGCCCAAGAAAGUACAAGGUAAUAAACAAAAAUCAGAUGAAGGAAAGUUGGAGCACCUUGUCAUUCCAUAA